AUGGUCACGGUGGUUUCUGGACGAGGAAAUGAGCUAACGCUCAAAGCGGAGCUGGUCCAGGAGAUGAAUCCACCAAAGUUCGAAAAAACAGAGGAUAUGUCCAAUUUGACAUUCUUGAACGAUGCUUCCGUUUUGCAUAAUUUACGAGCACGGUACGGAAAGAUGCUGAUUUAUACGUAUUCGGGUCUGUUCUGCGUGGUAAUCAAUCCCUAUAAGCGCCUGCCAAUCUACGAGGAAUCUGUUGCGAAGAUGUACAUGGGGAAGCGGCGCACGGAAAUGCCGCCACAUCUAUUCGCUGUCUCUGAUGAGGCAUAUCGGAACAUGCUGAUCGAUCAUGAAAAUCAGUCAAUGCUGAUCACUGGUGAAUCGGGCGCGGGAAAAACCGAAAAUACCAAAAAGGUCAUUGCUUACUUCGCAUCAGUGGGCGCAUCACAACAAGAAGCCGCAGACAAAUCAGAAGGAGUUGAACAAGUCAGCACUCCCGGGAAGAAGAAGGUAACGCUGGAGGAUCAAAUUGUGCAGACAAAUCCGGUGCUUGAGGCAUUCGGUAACGCGAAGACGGUGCGCAACAAUAAUUCCUCUCGAUUCGGCAAAUUCAUUCGAAUUCACUUCUCAAAGAAAGGCCGUGUUGCAUCGUGCGAUAUCGAACACUGUGAGUGA